AUGGCUGUUCACUUGUGGUUACGAUCUGAACCCAAGAUGAGCGAACACCGGACCGCCCUGACUCCAGCUAAGUGUAAAGAGCUUGUUUCAGCUGGUAAGACACGAUACAUACAUUGAAUGAAUCAUUGAUUAUAAAUGGAAUUGCGAUUUGGAAGAGUGAUGUGUAUAUAUUCACUGUUAAAGGUGUGGGAAGGAGAGUUGUUUAAGAGACUUGGCUGUGCAUGAUAAAUUAUGUGAUCAAUCUCCAAUUAAACUGCAGUUCCAGACGAGCGAAAGGCACUAUUGCAAUUCCUCGGAAUAAGAAAAGGAACAUUGCCUUUCUGGCGAAAAUAAAGGAACGUUGUUGUGUAACGAUGCAUAUGCAUUAUUAAAUAUGGCUCCUUGUCACUGUACUCUCGCUGUGUUUAUGCAGUGACGAAAUAUCGACACCCGAACAUGUACGCACACGUAGCACCCAUAAGGGUAUUAAAAGCAGUUUAUUUCUUGUGUGAGGCCAUUUUGGCCUGAUGUGCCAUCUAGCCUCAUCAAAAUCAGUAGGGCAAGAGUACUAAUACAUAACUGACAGAGUUAUUACAACUACAUGUGAAUAACACUGAAUUUUAUUAAUGCUGAUAACUUUUAUUCUUCAUGUGAUUUUUUUUAAAACAACUUGCACUCGUUUGGUAUGUAGAUGUACCCUGUAGGAGAGAUUAAACAAUCGCAGUAGACCAUUUCAUGUGAGUUAAUGUGAGGCCAUGGUUGACCUUCUCUUGACCUUUCUAAUUGAUAUAAGAACAACACGAUUUAAAAAUGAUUCACACUUUUAAACGAAAUAUCAUUGACCAUAAGUUGGUUUUUUGUAAAACCUGCUAAUUUUCAUUUUACUUGUCAUAUGACUGUGUAUUAAAAAGAAAACUAUUUCACAUGUAUUUGUUUUUGUUUUGUCAUAUUUUAGGGUUUCAAAUCACAGUUGAAAAUUCAAAGGAUAGAAUUUUCAAAGAUGAAGAGUAUGCAAGGUAAAUAAUUUUAGUGUCACUUGACCCAAACCAAGAAAGAGUGAAUUUAUAUACUGACAGUGGAACCCCAAUAUCUCGCAAUCGAGUUACCGGAGUUCUACUGUAUUUACCAUUCUAAAACCCGAUUUUCUUUCAUCCUGUUACCUUAAACACCCGUUCAAUUUAAUUGGGACUCGUUCAAUAUAAUUGGGACUAAUUGCUGUUAGCUGUUAUUGCCUGUUAUCAGCCAUUAGAGCCAAUCAGGAUCAAGAUUAUCUUUGGCUAAGAGCUAGUCUAAUGUUAUCACAUAACAAACCCAUUAGAUCCAAUGGAAAGCUUGUUAGUGAAUAACGGGAUAACAGCUAAUAACAGCUAAUAAUACUUCACCCAUUAUACCCAAUCACAAGUUUGUUAGAGAAUAACGGGAUAAUAUGCUACAUUCCACAAGUGUGAAUUUGACCCGUGAUGUAAAAAUCUAUUUCAUGACAAGUCAGUGCAUCAUUCUCGAGUACAUACUGGAAGGUUGCACGCAUAUAUGCACAUUUGAUCCAUUAGCUGCCGUGAACUCAUCUAGAACUGUUUUUGGUUUAUUUAUCAUGUUUUUGAAAAACGUCAAAAUUUUACCGUUUUCAAAUAACCGAUAGGCUUUUUAACCCAGCACCUACGAAACAGUGGAAUGUUCAAGAAUAGAACAAGAAAAUCAGAAAAUUACUUUAUGAUCUUUGAAGAAGCGUAGCUCAUAACAAGCAUGCAACUAUCCAACGAUCUCUCGAUAAUAGGUCAGUGAUACAAUAGUUGUGAAUAGGAAACAGAACAAAUCAACACUGUCCAGAGGAAGUUUAUCAGUUAUCAAGUGACAAUUGCUGACAUUCCAGCCCAUUCCUGCACGCAAAUUUCUUAGACAGUACACUAACACAUUUAUUUUCUUAAGUUAAAACGAUCUUUACACUUCCCUUUAUUUCACCUUGAUUUAACGAUGAAAUCUGUUUAGAAUGAAAAGAAAGGCAAACUUGACGUCACCUAAGGAAAAACUGCCGUUUCCGUUUUUCAUUUUGCACUAAGCAUCACCUUUUAAAGACAUAUUUAUACGUAAAAUGUAUUAACUUUUAUACAGAAAAAAUUUUGAAAGGCCAGAAAGGUUUUACUCUGACACGUUUUGAGAAACCUUUUGUUUGACUAUUAUUCGGCGAUCGAUCAGAUUUAAAGGGCACAUUUUUACGCGCCCUAAAAAGUUGUUAGAAGAAAGUAGCGAGUAUAAGUUAUUUAGUCAUACGGCGGCGGGACUUGACGGAACGCAAAGAGAGCGUUACAAUCUAAUGGCAUACGAGCGACUGCAGGCAUCUCAUGACAUGUCGACUUUGAGAUAACUAUCAACGGCUUUGAAUUCUUUCCACGUGCGAGAAAACAAAAAGUAUGCAGACAGGACCAAAGCGGGAAUAUGUUAUGGCGAUAAUGGCCGAUAAUCAAGGCACCAUCAAUUGUGAUGAAUGGUGAACAAAUCUACUCUUUUUGCUGAACAUUUUAAACGGUAUUACAAAACAAACGCACUCUCUAUUUCAGUCAUGCUUGUCACAAAACCCUUUCAUUCCCAUUCAUAUUAAACAAUUACUUUCGUUAUCCGCUUUGGCGCCAAAGUCGGUACCUUUGCGCCAACUUUAAUUCUCGUCACGUCUACUGGUGUAAAAUCGAUGUAAUGGAAACAGAAGCCUGUUCGAAGGUGCAGUACAAAACUCAAAGUUUCUUACGAAAAGUUCUCUUAAGAAUCGAGAUAUUAUAAUGCCCCCCCAAAAUAAUAUAAAACGCUUACCUCAGGUGUUACUUCAUUUUCAUCUGGAAGAAUAUAUCACAAAAAGUAUUGUAUCCUUUUCGCGUCCAGCAAUGGCCCUUUUUCUCGUCUCUCUUAAUUCCGGAAGUGAGUUUCGUUUACGACACCUUUCGGAAGUAAAAAUUUCGAGGACUACGCUUUCUGCUCUCAUUUUUGGACUUGCCCCAGAGCAAAAGAUUUCCCUACGAAUUCUCCAUGUUCACAUGAAAGGACGGCUUAUGUGGGAGAGUGGGUACGCACACAAUAGCCCUUUCUGCUCUCGUUAACUUUAACAACCGGCUAAUCAACAUUUUCCGGCUGUACGCUCUUCACUAUUUGAUAUUCCCGUAUUCUUGCAUUUAAUCAAUUUUGUAUAUACAUUGUUUUAUUCAAGUAAGCAUGAUUUAAAGUAUACUACAUAUUGUUUUAGACUUUAUUUUUCCGAGCAUGGAAUUUGCUGACAAUAAGAAAACCGUGACUCAGGCUUGAAAUGUCAAGCGGGCAACAUUUUUCGGCUUAUCUCUGUUCUCCCCCAAUCGCGAAUUUUAACAACUUUUCUUAUCAAAUGUUUUAUUCGCGUGAAAUAUGCUACAAUAGAUCACAUUGAUUAAAACGUGUAGUCAUUAAGCAUUCUAUUAAAUGGAAGUAAAACCGUGACAUAUCGUGAAUCAGUGUGUAAAUUAAUAUAGGUACAAAAAUCAUUGUACAUAAUUGUUCUACUGGUCCACUUUGCGAUUUUAGCACUUUAAAAUUUUCUAGAAACUUUGCAACAAAAAUUAUUGUCAGAUUGCCACACUCACAAACAAAAGAAAAAACACUUCAAUAAACCAAGGGUAAAAAUUGAAGCGCCAACAUAUUUUGCAGAGUCUUUCAAAUAAUGCUAUGCCGGCCUAACAAAAUCAUAAAUCGGAGGUACAGCUGUCUCGGGUUACAACCACGAUAAAUCUCGACAAUCCUUUAUUAAUGGAUAAAUAAAUCUAGAAAUAAGUGUGCAUGCUUGACUUUAACUAUGGUAAAGAACAUUUCAUACGUAUUUGAGCUGGACAGAUUCAGCCACUUACAGCACCGGCUCAUUUUUAACCGGCCCUAUGCGUCUUCUUCAGUUCCGCAACAUGCACACAGAAAACGCCAAAAAUACUUCAAAUACAGGGAAUAGAUAAAAAUAUUUGCCACAAAAAGCGCCAAAUUUACUUUUUAUUGAUGUCAAGUUUUUCACUUGCACACUCUUACUAUCGUCAAUGACCUCUACAUUGCGACUGAAUAUGAAUUCUGGCGCUACUUUAUCCCAGUCCUUUUUUUGAGGCCACUGAAAAAUUCCGUUUCUCUCUGUCAGAAAAUGUUCAGCAAAAAGAGUAGAUUUGUUCACCAUUCAUCACAAUUGAUGGUGCCUUGAUUAUCGGCCAUUAUCGCCAUAACAUAUUCCCGCUUUGGUCCUGUCUGCAUACUUUUUGUUUUCUCGCACGUGGAAAGAAUUCAAAGCCGUUGAUAGUUAUCUCAAAGUCGACAUGUCAUGAGAUGCCUGCAGUCGCUCGUAUGCCAUUAGAUUGUAACGCUCUCUUUGCGUUCCGUCAAGUCCCGCCGCCGUAUGACUAAAUAACUUAUACUCGCUACUUUCUUCUAACAACUUUUUAGGGCGCGUAAAAAUGUGCCCUUUAAAUCUGAUCGAUCGCCGAAUAAUAGUCAAACAAAAGGUUUCUCAAAACGUGUCAGAGUAAAACCUUUCUGGCCUUUCAAAAUUUUUCUGUAUAAAAGUUAAUACAUUUUACGUAUAAAUAUGUCUUUAAAAGGUGAUGCUUAGUGCAAAAUGAAAAACGGAAACGGCAGUUUUUCCUUAGGUGACGUCAAGUUUGCCUUUCUUUUCAUUCUAAACAGAUUUCAUCGUUAAAUCAAGGUGAAAUAAAGGGAAGUGUAAAGAUCGUUUUAACUUAAGAAAAUAAAUGUGUUAGUGUACUGUCUAAGAAAUUUGCGUGCAGGAAUGGGCUGGAAUGUCAGCAAUUGUCACUUGAUAACUGAUAAACUUCCUCUGGACAGUGUUGAUUUGUUCUGUUUCCUAUUCACAACUAUUGUAUCACUGACCUAUUAUCGAGAGAUCGUUGGAUAGUUGCAUGCUUGUUAUGAGCUACGCUUCUUCAAAGAUCAUAAAGUAAUUUUCUGAUUUUCUUGUUCUAUUCUUGAACAUUCCACUGUUUCGUAGGUGCUGGGUUAAAAAGCCUAUCGGUUAUUUGAAAACGGUAAAAUUUUGACGUUUUUCAAAAACAUGAUAAAUAAACCAAAAAGAGUUUUAGAUGAGUUCACGGCAGCUAAUGGAUCAAAUGUGCAUAUAUGCGUGCAACCUUCCAGUAUGUACUCGAGAAUGAUGCACUGACUUGUCAUGAAAUAGAUUUUUACAUCACGGGUCAAAUUCACACUUGUGGAAUGUAGCAUAUUAUCCCGUUAUUCUCUAACAAACUUGUGAUUGGGUAUAAUGGGUGAAGUAUUAUUAGCUGUUAUUAGCUGUUAUCCCGUUAUUCACUAACAAGCUUUCCAUUGGAUCUAAUGGGUUUGCUAUGUGAUAACAUUAGACUAGCUCUUAGCAAAAGUCGACAUGUCAUGAGCUGCCUGCAGUCGCUCUUAUGCCAUUAGAUUGUAACGCUCUCUUUACGUUCCGUCAAGUCCCGCCGCCGUAUGACUAAAUAACUUAUACUCGCUACUUUCUUCUAACAACUUUUUAGGGCGCGUAAAAAUGUGCCCUUUAAAUCUGAUCGAUCGCCGAAUAAUGGUCAAACAAAAGAUUUCUCAAAACGUGUCAGAGUAAAACUUUUCUGGCCUUUCAAAAUUUUUCUGUAUAAAAGUCAAUACAUUUUACGUACAAAUAUGUCUUUAAAAAGUGAUGCUUAGUGCAAAAUGAAAAACGGAAACGGCGGUUUUUCCUUAGGUGACAUCAAGUUUGCCUUUCUCUUUAGGGAGCGCGUCCAAAUAUCGGUAGGGAACCCGAUCAUGGGAACGGACCCGAUUAAUUUUCCGAUUGUUCGGAAUCGGUACCGAUCUGUAGGCACCAGUUGCCGUUUCCGAUUACGAUAAAAACUUUGCCGAUUUAUACAUAAAAUGAAGCGUGUCACGAAACCAAAAGAGUCGUUUCACUCCAAAGUAAUUUGUAUCGACUGUACCUUUUUCCUACUCCAUAACAAAUAGCAAUAGUGUAUGUUCAGUGUUGUGUUUCUAGUUUGUUGAUUUGAUGCGUGCCUACACGUGAUUUUCGACGUUUUGCAGAGGUAUUUCCUUCAGUCGAUCGCAGACACCACGCUGCUCCAUAAAAUUUAUUCUAUGAAAAUUAAAAGGAGUUAAAUAUUACGACGCAAAACACCACUGUUCUUCGUUGAUACAUAGCAAACAAAACACCAUACUGAGUAGUGUGUUCUUUACUCGAUACUUUCUAACAAAUGAUGCAAUCCAAAAACACAACUAGAACUCACUUUCUCGAAACACAACUGGAUGCAUAGACUUGUUACAAGUAGACCUCAACGGGUUUCCUAGCGAGUGGAGCGAGAGCAAACCCAUGGAUAAUAUAAAACCACGGGAUAAACUUUUACGAAAAUUUGCGACUUUCAUUCAACGAUCCUAAACGCAAGGUGCAAUGCGAUCUGCGGCAAAAAAUACCGACCAAUUAGAUUGCGGCCUAAGAUUGUCUCCAGGGAAUUAGCAAAAAGAACUGAAAGAUUCCCACAUUCGUGAGUCACGGAAAACACGGAACGAAGUUUCAUACAAAGAGAGGAUGGCUUAGCGACUUAGCUGUUCUGUGAGCUUGAGGAUGGUGCCACGUGAAAUUGCUUUCCAUUCUCAGCGCUUACUAAAAUUUGCACUUGACUCAAGGUGGCUGACUUUUUGACAAAAAGCAGAACCUUUUUUUACCGGAGUGUUCAACUAAAGCAAACUCUGCAUACAUCCGAUAAGUUUGACUCAAUUUAAUAGCGGAAAGAGAAUCGAGAAAGAGAAAACCAGUUGAGCGCCUCCAUCAGUCACGUUUUUGAGUUCAUAUGCAACCAAUAAACAACUUGCAGCCUGAUUCUCAGACGAUGUCCUCUUCUCUCCUGUGGCAACUUAAGCAGUUAAAGAACACAACAUGGUAACAACAUUUGCAUUUUGGUCGUGGAUGUUCUGACUUCUUUGUAUUUUUUUCGCUUAAAGUCCUAAACUGGUUAUUCCUUUAAAGAUUUCUUUCAUCAUGCGAUUUGGGUUCCGGUUAGCACGGGCCCAAGCUAUUUUAAAAUUAUCAUUUUGAGAUCGUACACUUGCAGUGUACAUUGCGCCGUCUUUCACUCAAAAGAUGCUCUUCAGCGUUGUUGAAUGACCUGCUGUUUCUUCUCGUGCUCAUUUUGAUACACAAAUUUAAUAUUUUCUGGUCAUACUCUGUCAUAGGUAAAUACAAACAAAUGUUCAAAACUGUGACGUUAAAUUUCGGUUCAAACAAGACACAUUUAUAAGAAAGAUAAUGUUAAUAAUAAGAAGAAACACUUUAUCUGCUGGUCUACAACAUUUAAAUUGGAAAUUUAACGUGUUUGUGCAUCGAGAACCAACAUUCACGCUUUUGCUUUUGUGACGGGUUAUUUGAGCUGCGAGAUAUUUUUGAUGACCUUUGUUAAUUGGCCCGAUAAAGACUUGAGACCCGUUGCCGAUUCCGACAUUCAACAGAAUCGGAAAAAAUCGGUGCCCAAUUGAUUGGCAUCGGUCUGACCCGAUGCCGAUAUUUGGACGCGUUCCCUUAUUCUAAACAGAUUUCGUCGUUAAAUCAAAGUGAAAUAAAGGGAAGUGUAAAGAUCGUUUUAACUUAAGAAAAUAAAUGUGUUAGUGUACUAUACUGUCUAAGAAAUUUGCGUGCAGGAAUGGGCUGGAAUGUCAGCAAUUGUCACUUGAUAACUGAUAAACUUCCUCUGGGCAGUGUUGAUUUGUUCUGUUUCCUAUUCACAACUAUUGUAUCACUGACCUACUAUCGAGAGAUCGUUGGAUAGUUGCAUGCUUGUUAUGAGCUACGCUUCUUCAAAGAUCAUAAAGUAAUUUUCUGAUUUUCUUGUUCUAUUCUUGAACAUUCCACUGUUUCGUAGGUGCUGGGUUAAAAAGCCUAUCGGUUAUUUGAAAACGGUAAAAUUUUGACGUUUUUCAAAAACAUGAUAAAUAAACCAAAAAGAGUUUUAGAUGAGUUCACGGCAGCUAAUGGAUCAAAUGUGCAUAUAUGCGUGCAGCCUUCCAGUAUGUACUCGAGAAUGAUGCACUGACUUGUCAUGAAAUAGAUUUUUACCUCACGGGUCAAAUUCACACUUGUGGAAUGUAGCAUAUUAUCCCGUUAUUCUCUAACAAACUUGUGAUUGGGUAUAAUGGGUGAAGUAUUAUUAGCUGUUAUUAGCUGUUAUCCCGUUAUUCACUAACAAGCUUGCCAUUGGAUCUAAUGGGUUUGUUAUCUGAUAACAUUAGACUAUCUCUUAGCCAAAGAUAAUCUUGAUCCUGAUUGGCUCUAAUGGCUGAUAACAGGCAAUAACAGCUAACAGCAAUUAGUCCCAAUUAUAUUGAACGAGUCCCAAUUAAAUUGAACGGGUGUUCUUAAUUUACUUCAUUGCCACUAGUGCAUACAUAAGUAGCAAAAAAGGAUUUGACUUAUUACUACUUAUUACAAAAUGCAUUUGUUCUCCUUGUCGGAGACUUCAUGUUACGUGACAGUAUAGUGACACAGAUGUUUAAAUUAGGUCUGGAUUUUAUGAGACAAUGAACACUUUAGCUGCAAGAAUUGAUUGACCUUUUUCUGAUUAUCGCCUAGUAACAACCAAUCAUAUCUAAUGUAUACUAUUAUGAAAUCAAGCGUUCUUUUUCAUGUUUUUGAGAGUAGCUCUUGCACAACUGCUGUAACGAGUGAAUACAAGUGAGCCAAGUGAUUAAAUACAAUCGACUCUACUGACUGAUUAGUGUAGUUUUCGUUGAUCUGAAAACCCUAGUGAACGGGGCAAAGUUCUCAACAUCCUUGCAGAUACAUUGCACAUUCACAACAUGAACAACAACAAUGCGUAAUCAAUUUCUUAGCAAUACUUGGCAGUAAGAAUGCGAAAAAUGAUGAAUGCCCAUUCUUCGCCCUAAGACAAUCAGGGAAAAAAUGAAUUUUGAAAAUGAAAAUGCUCAAAAAUACAAUCAUCUGGUCAAAUAUUACUAAAGACUAAAAACAAGCACCUCACAAGGGUGCCCACAAGUUUCAUUGAACUUAUCAUUUUGUGACAGGAUCAAUGGAGUGAGUAUGGCUCCUGAAGGAUCUUGGGUUCAUGCUCCUAAAGAUACAUUUAUCCUUGGAAUUAAAGAACUUGCUGAAUCUGAUUCUUCAAUUCCACAAACACACAUUUACUUUGCCCAUGCUUAUAAAGUAAGUAUACAGGGUAGUCUGAAUGCUUCAUCAAAGUAGCACUAGCUUAACAUUGGAACCCCUUCCAGUGGUGUGAUGGUCAUUGAUUAUAAUCAGUUAUUGAUUGAAAACCUUGAGUCCCACAAUAAAAUUGUUGAAAAUGUUUGGUUGAUUAAAUACAUAUUAUUUCAAAAAUAUAUUAUUGACUAAUAAAAAUAUCAAAACAUAUUUGUUAUGCGGCUAUAAUAAUUGAUGAAAUUUUUCUGAUACAUUUUAAGGGAAUAAUUUGUUUGUUGGAGAAGGUUCAGAAAAAAUAAGGACGCCCUAAACCUGAUAUCAAGUUUUAUUAAGCAAAAGCUGUAUUUAUCUGAGGAUAAUCUCAAUUUAUUCUGUAGUGGGUUUAGUGGGUUUAUCUUUGCUUUGUUUUUAGAAUCAGGCUGGCUGGGUUGAUUUACUUAAUCGAUUUAUUAAGGGUGGUGGAAAGAUUCUUGAUGUGGAGUACAUGACAGAUGACAGUAGUAAGUGACAAAAUAUAAUAUUAUCAUUCUCUCUUAACCCAUUAAAUGCCACUAUCCAUGUAUAAAUUUUCCAGACCGAGAGUCAGUUGAGAGAAUUUGAUACAUGAUCAAAGCAUUUUUGACAACUCUGGUAGACAGGCAAAAAUAUGUAUGAAAGUAACUGUUAAAAGUAAAUUGUGUUGUCUGGUACUUCUUUUAGAGAAUAUUCCUUGUUUUUAAGAAUUUUUGCAAGACACCUUUUCUCCGGGAAAGCCUCUUCUUGUAAUAAAAAAGUUUUAAGUGAAAUCCUGAUAACAGAAACAAUGUAGAAGAGAAUAAUUAUUGUCAAGGAAGAAACUGGAAGAUAAAUGACCACAAUCAACAUUAAUGAUAUAAAAUUAAACUUUAGAAUUACUGUGUUACAGUUUUGCAGGUUUUAAUUUUUGCAGAUACAUUGUAAGUCCAGAGCAGCCUGACUUUAAUAUUUAAUUUAGAAAAUGUAGUGCUGGUUUGAUGGCAGUUAAUUUUUUUGUGUGUCAUGACUGUUUGCCUUCAGAUAGACGACUAGUUGCAACAUUUCCUCAUCUGGCUGGUUUUUCAGGAAUGGCUGUUGGUCUCAAAGCAUGGUGCCUUCAACAAUUAAGGCAUGUAUCAACCUAUUCUUGUUUCCUCUCCCCUCCGUCCCCCAUCCAAUCACACUGAGUUUGGAAGAGCUGCAUAAGAAAAUAUAUUCAACCUAAACCCUGUGUUGGAUGUUUUGCAAUGCUUAAAACCCUAAACCCCCUAAACAUUGUUCAGUUCUAUUUACAUGACAAUGUUGAAUGUGACCUGUAAAGAAUCUCCAGCUUUCUUUGGUGAAUUAGUGAUUGAAAUUUAUGGACUUUUCAUUGCGCUUUUCAGCCCUCACAGUUCAAUGCCAUCUUUAGAGCCUUAUGAUAAUGAAAAAGUAUUGGUAAAUGAUGUGAAGAUGAUGCUUCAAAAUGUUUCCAAGGCAAAAGGUAUAGUAACUCAUUAAUAUAGAUAAUGGUUGAUGUGGCCAUGUUACAGGUCAAAAUUAAAUUUGGGUUAAAUUUUUUAAACCAAGGUUGAUUCUCAUAUUUUUCCUUUGUGUGCUUGUCCUAAUCCUAAUUCAUGACUAAUUAGGGCUUGGAGGCAUCAAAUUUUGACCUGUAAGAGCUACUUUUACUAUAUCCUCAUCUACAUCAAAAAUAAGUAACUACCCUGAAUGACUGCAGUUAAAAUAGUCACACAACAAAAAUUACAACUUUGAGAAAGUGAUAAAUUGAAAAAGAUGGCAUCUGCGUUGACAUAAUCUUUCCAAUAAUCUGUCCACAAUAUGAAUGUUUAUCUCUGAUCUGACAGUAAUUAACCACUUCACAGCCGACUUGAAAGCAAACAUUGUUUAUCUUAAAAUCCAGGUCCAGCUUGUAAAACGAAAUGCCUAAUAUUUUAUUAUUCACAUACAGCUGUGAUGUAAUGUAGUCAUUUUGACCUGUUCCAGCCUGUGCCUUUUUUCUCAAUCAUUAGGGAAGCUAGGGUGGCAGUCAGCAGUGAGGGCAUUCGCCUCCCGGCAAUGUGUUACCCGGGUUCAGAUCCCAGUAUUGACACCAUAUGGGGGUUGAGUUUGUUGUUGGUUCUCCCCUUAAUACUCUGAGAGGUUUUUCUCCAGGCACUCCAGUUUAGUCCCCUCCUCAAACAUCAACAUUUCCAAAUUCCAAUUCGACUAGGAGCGGUAGACAAAGAACCACUACUCUUUGUUUCUUUAUAUUUUAUUAAUCAUUAAUGUUUAUAAGUAUGUUUAAUAUUGAAAAUGUUUUGACUUUAAUGUGUAUAAGCCAAUGAGAGGUUUACAACUAAUUUAGAGUGAUUGUACAAUAAUUAUAUUAUAUUAUUAUAAUGUGCGUGAAAGUGCACUUAUCUCUCUUUGUUUUUCCAAGGUCUUCCAGAUUGCCACCCUCGCAUAGUAGUUAUAGGUGCAUUAGGACGCUGUGGUAAAGGAGCAUUGGAUAUGGCUUACAAAGUAGGAAUACCAAGGUACACAGGAAUGUCUCCAGUAAUGAAUAGCCUACAUUCAGUAUAUUAAAAUUCUAACAUGACUCCGAGGCUCUCUGGUCAUUUUUCUAUAUUUGGCUUGGUUUUCUUUGUGCUCAAGUCUCUUCUGGGAAUUGCAAGACAAUGGAGUCAUGAAAAAUUUGCAAUUUUAACCCUAAAGCCUCAUAUUCUUGUUAAGAUUUUAGUAUAUCGAACGUGGGCUAUUACAGUAGGGGUUCAGGGCAUUAAUUAGGCACCGGAGAUCGAAGAAUUCACCGUUUACUACACUUACUUCUCCAGCUAAUGUGUGAUAGCCCGUGACUAUUUUUUGUUCAGACAUGUUGCUUCUUUCACAAUAUCCUGCUGUAACUGGUUACACCUUUCUCCUGCUACUAGCAUUCUUAAUGAAAACCCUGAUGGGUCUUAGUGGCAGAAACUGUUUUGCCCUUAUUAUUGAAAAAUUAUAUAUAAUUUUUGACAGCACGCACAUUGCAAAAUGGGACAUUAAUGAAACAAAAGCCGGGGGACCAUUUGAGGGAAUUCUACAGUAUGACAUUUUUGUCAACAACAUCAAGUUAACAAAGGUACAGUAAAAAUUGAUCAAUUUAAAUUUAUACAAAAAGCUAUAAUUCUGAUUUUUGUGGGUAUUGCAAUCAUAUUAAAUGAAUCUCUCACAUCCAGUUAUGCACCUUCCAGUACCCAUGAGGUGAAUGUUGUCACCCAAGUCAAGGAAAAUUUAAACUAAUAUUUUGUCUUAACAAUAUAAUUAUUAUGUGGCUCAUGCUUGAUAAGAACUUAUGUUAGUCAGAUUUUGACGCAUACAUUAUAACAUUAAACUUUUCUUAAAUUUUAUUAAAUCCACUUUAAUUUGUUCCGAUCUCCAGCCUUUAAGCUUUACACAGGUUCAAUAAUGUAGUAGGACCUGAGUAUCACAUUGCCUUGAAUAAGUUCCCGCAGUUCCCAAAUAAGCCAACUUUUCUCCAGCUAAGCUAGCAAAUGGCACCCCCACCCCCACCCCCACCCUUGCCCCUAAUUUUCUUAAAAUGAGGUUACCGCAAGCGACACUUUUUCUUUAUCACUUUUCUAUGGUUAAGAGUCAAGAUGCUUAGCAAACCUUCUUUUAGAAACUAUCAGAUGCAUGGUGUAUGUGGCUAUUCUGUGGUGCAAUUUCUGUUUCAAAGCCUUGAAAUUGGUGAAAAAAAAUUGUACCCAUCUAUGAUAUGGUAUUGUCAUUAAUGGCAGGAAUUAAGGAAGGAAGGGCAGGGUAAGAGGGCUAGAACCCCUGGAUCUCCCACUGAGCUAAAAAAGGCAUAUUUAGAUUUAACUUCUAACUUUUUUUGAGUCAAAAGCGUGAGAUUUAAUUCCGUUGGUUCCAGGAUUUUUAUGGAGGACCUGAUCAUAUUCAAAGACUUGCAAAUAGAAGGCCUCUAAUCUCCUGGAGACCAUACAUGUAUACUAGAAAUUUUAAUCCCAGCUACAGUUAAUUUUACGUAGGGUAUACGUUCAUGUGCUUGAUCAGAAAAUUGCUUUGCAGAAAAUUCCUCCAUUUCUCACAAGGAAGGUGCUGGACACCGAUCAGAGGUGAAUAACAGCACAGACAGCUUGUGCAAAAAAAAUAACCUCACUCACAGAAGUUUCUUAUCACAUUCACUCUCAAAAUGAAAGAAUUAUGGUAAAAAAAAGUGCUAGCAGUCCUAUUUCUCCAUAGUCUGCUACACACAGCCGUUUUUAGUUUCGUCACGCAACCCUCCUCCCCACUAACGGUUGCUGAAAACCGAACUACAUUCCUUUCCCAUGAUUAGCCAAUUAUAAUUUAGCUCCCAUUUUCUGGAAGGUGUUCAUGCCACCUUUGCAGUACUGUGACUCCUCCAAUCACAGCUUUGCUUUUAUCAUUGCCCCAUCUGUGAAUGACAGAAUAAUCAAAAUCGUCGCGUGAAAACAAGCAAUUUACUACAGUGUUGUCGUAGUCGAGUCCUAUUCAAAAUUUAGGAGAUAAGCAGCAACAGCAAGCAAGUCGAGCAAAUUGCGAUGCACAACAUGGAUGUGCUCAUAAAGUUGCCAGGUAUAGUUUCGGGAAAUUGCUCAUCGAUAAUUUAUAAGGUUGCUUUUUGAAUCAGUACCCUUGAGAGUUUAGUCUUCACAGGAACACAAUGAGCACAUCUGGUACAUUAAAUUCUUCAUUGCGUAUCAGUAUAUAUGCACGUUAAAUGAAGAACCAACCAAUCCUGGUAAAAGUCUUCUAGGCCUAUCAAACCUUUUUUUUCACUUGGAACUUUGUUGACCGCUUAAUACAAACUUUUUUGCAAAUUAACCUUUUCGUUGCUUGAAAACACAGAGCCCGUCUAAAUUCAGCGAUGAUUGAUUGAUUUGUCGAAAACUGAGAAGCGUGCUUGCUUCCUAGCGCCCUGCGGCUCACGUAUUGUCAAAUUUCUUGUACAUGAUUGGUUUGUUUGUUAGACCACAAACACAAAGGGAAAGGAAUGUAGUUCGGCUUUCAGCAGCCGUUAGUGGGGAGGAGCGUUGCGUGACGACACUAAAAGCGGCUGUGUAGCAGACUAAUUUCUCCACAAAGCUCAAGUAAAACUGCAAUGGUUUUUACUGGGAUGUAUUCAUACUUUUCCUGUUCCUGUUACCAGUAAUUGUGAUCGUAAUAUUUCCAGCCUUUUAAUUUCACAUUAUAUUUUUCCAUUUUGUAUUGUUGACUGAUAUUUGUGUGUUCACUAUUUCUUGAUUUCUGCUCUACACCUUUUCAUCAACUAAUUUUUCCAAGUCAGUUCUUUUCAAAGAUGAACAAACUCACAGCUAACAAAAGUGUUAAUUUUGAGAACGACCACGGAUGUUCAGUUACAUGUAAUUUUCCUCUUCUGGAAUACUUAAAUCGACUCUUUCAUAGUUGCAUUUUAGUCUUACAUUGUGUAUGGCAAUCUGGAGUCUUUGCAAUUAGUUUCUUAUACUUUAUAUAAGUAAGUACUUCUGUUACAUGGAGAAAUGAGAAUAUAACAACAAACAAAAAACAUUCUUUCAAAAUGUCCCUUUAAAACUGCACUAUUUCUCACUGCAGGAAUCUCUCUGUAGUGGUUGAUGUUAGUUGUGAUGUCAGCAACCCAAACAAUCCUCUGCCAUUCUUGGAUUCCAUUACCACAUUUCAAAAUCCCAGCAGGCGGCUACAACUCAGGUUGGCAUGCAACAGUUUGUCUUUUUUUUGUAAAGAAUGUACAGUUGUAAAAGUAAAUGUAGCACAUUUGUUACACAAUUCUUCUUGGUGUUUCCAACCACCCUGGAAGAUGAUAGUUUUCUUUAAACUUUACUCUCAUUUCAUAAAGUCAUUCUAACAAUUUCCCGCAUAGCUUUGAAUUUCUUUUUCUAAUGUCUGAAACCACGCACCUUUGUGCUUAAUAUCGCAGGGGGGGUUGGGGGGGGGGGAGGGAGAAGCCACUCAAGGGAAGUUUGUGUAGAGGUGUCAGCCACCAAGGCCUUUGAAACCUAAUCCUGUUGAAGACAAAAAUUACUCAUUUUGCUACCCUGUUUAAGACGAAAGACUCUAUUUUAUGACCAUGACUCGUUUCGUUUUGCUUACAGAAUUAGGUAAUUUCAUGGAACUAAAUUUUUUGGAAAAAAGAAUUUUUUUAAAUUUUUUAUUGUUGGUGCCACAAAUGUAGACCGCUCAUCUGCAGCCUUUUUAACACUCCUUUAAAGGCAUUGGGUUCAAAAACCUAUCCUAUUAAAGAUGCUGAAGAGUGAAAUUGUAUACCCUGUUUAAGAUUCAAGACCCUUAAAACCGUACUCAGUUCAACAGCACAUAUCCGUCUACGUCAAAUAACGGAGUGCCCCCUCCCCCCAGGGUCUUACCAAAGGUAUUACAGGGUUUUUUUAAGUAACAGGUAGUUGUUGUUCUCGUCUCCAUUUUAAAUCACCAUGACACUAAGUUCUAUUUAUUAUUUCUUACAGAAAUUGUACCAAACCUUUGGACCUUGUGGCCAUUGAUAACUUACCCUCUCUGUUGCCAAGAGAAAGCACAGUUCUUUUUGCUGACAGCAUAACACCAUAUCUUUUAAAACUUCCUGAGGUAGUUAUCUAGAAAAAAUAUCCUAACUGUAUUUUGUGUUUGAUUCGUAAAAACUGAAUUAUAGUGAGUAAAACAAUCUAUUAGGCAGUGCCUUGAGCUGUCUCGCUGUAAAGUUGGGUAGUGCGGUGAAAAGAUUAUUUGUUGUUUACCAUUUACUUGUCAAACUGGUCGGUUCACGUUUUGUGUAAAUGGUAAGUAAAAUUCAGGACUGGUAAAUUUUGUCCCGGAAUUGCGUUUACCAUCUGUACAAUUCAGUUCCAUGUAUCGAAAAACGGCCGCGAAGGCUUGAAAUUAGUAUCAAACGAUGGGACUCGAAUUUCCGUGAGCAACAUUCCAUAUGGAAAAACCUUUCCUGAUGUUCCGCUGCUCCCGGAGUUCCGCCGGUAUGACCCAAAAAGGUGUGAUCCAUUUACUUUCCAAUCAGAUUUUCCGCAAACUUUUUCUAAAUAGUAAUCAAUCAUUUCCAGCCCAUCCUGCGGUUAUUUCUAGAAGGUUUAUGCCAUAACCUAUCUUCACUUAAUAUUUAGAAAAUAAAACUCCAUUAUAGUUCCAUAGAAAACUUCUCUGAGUUUUCUUUUACAUGUGGUGCUGAAAUCAGUCAUUAAAUAUAGAGGCUAAUUCCUGUGAUAAAAGCCCAUUUCAUUGAGCAAGUUUUUAUUAAAAAUUACUUUGGCAACUCGUAGGUAGUCAAGUGUUCAAGCCCUUUAAAUUCGGCUGAGUGCUUUUUAGACAAAAAGUAUCUAUUUUUUUGCUAACUAUUUGUGAUUGUCUUUUUCCUUUUUUGUCCUUUUUUAGGUGGAUUCUUAUCCAGUUUGGGUUCGUGCGAAAGAGAAGUUUGAAGAAAAAGUUGCUGAGGUUUUAAAACGAAAUGUUAAAAAACAAGUUGACCUCUGAACUCAUCCAUUCGAAAAACUCAAGCAUAAAGUUUUUGUAACUUAAGUUGGUUAUUAGGUAACCACUUUCCAUAUUACGUGAGUAACGUGAGGGAAUGAGAUUUUCGCUUAAUUUAUUCUACUUUAAAUAGGAAAGCAAUGUCAUUUCAUUCUCAGUAACAUUUAGGGAUUAUUUUUGAAGGGUUGAGUAGCAAAAUGGUGCGAGUGACGUUUUUCUAUUUUUAUUAUGUGAUGAGAGAAAGUUAUUCUGUAUGUCACUGCAAAAUUGUCACCGUUUUUCGAUUAGCUCUUCAAUUACUUAUUUCAUGCUCUCGUGAUGAACUGUACUUCAAAACAACUUGCACUACAUAAUUUGUUUGAAUAGACUGUUCCUUUAGACAAGGAAACCCAAAUAGAGGACUGGAAACAGUCUAAAUGUACAAUAUACAAUAAAAAUUUUUUUGAAACGGCAUUAAACAAAGAUGGC